CACCCCUCCCGCCUCAGGUGGGGCUUGCCCGUCCCUUCGCUCGUCCCAACCGCGUCAGGCUACGUUUACCUCGCCGCACCUCGCUGCUCGAAGCGCUGCAAAGUUUUGACAUUUUGGCAGCGGAGACGCGCGCUGGCUCUCUCCGGCUGGCGGCUGUGGCGGCGGCCGACUCUCGAGGGCCGCUCGAGUCGCAAGUCCUAGGCGCUCCCGCCGCCCGGAGUCCGGCGGCCACGAGGCCCCGCCGCGUCCUCCCGCGCUCGCCCUCCCGGAGGCUGCAGCCAUGUCUCGGGGGCCGGAGGAGGUGAACCGGCUCACGGAGAACACAUACCGGAAUGUUGUGGAACAAUUCAAUCCUGGGCUACGAAACUUAAUAAACCUAGGAAAAAAUUAUGAAAAAGCAGUGAAUGCUAUGAUCCUGGCUGGAAAGGCCUACUACGACGGAGUGGCCAAGAUUGGCGAGAUUGCCACUGGGUCUCCUGUAUCAACAGAACUAGGCCAUGUCCUCAUAGAGAUUUCCAGCACCCACAAGAAACUCAAUGAGACUCUUGAUGAAAAUUUCAAAAAAUUCCAUAAGGAGAUUAUCCAUGAGCUAGAGAAGAAGACAGAGCUUGACGUAAAGUAUAUGAAUGCUACUCUGAAAAGAUAUCAAGCAGAACACAAGAAUAAACUAGACUCUUUGGAGAAGUCUCAGGCGGAGUUGAAGAAGAUCAGAAGAAAAAGUCAAGGAGGACGAAAUGCACUCAAAUAUGAACACAAAGAAAGCGAGUAUGUCGAGACUGUUACUUCUCGCCAGAGUGAAAUUCAGAAGUUCAUUGCAGAUGGCUGCAAAGAAGCCCUGCUUGAGGAAAAAAGGCGCUUCUGCUUUCUGGUGGACAAGCACUGUAGCUUUGCCAAUCACAUACACUACUAUCACCGGCAGUCUGCAGAAUUACUUAAUUCCAAGCUGCCCCGGUGGCAGGAAACCUGUUGUGAUGCCACAAAAGUACCAGAGAAAAUCAUGAACAUGAUAGAAGAGAUCAAGACGCCCAUCUCCACCCCAGUGUCCGGGACACCACAGCCUUCACCCAUGAUCGAGAGAAGCAAGAUGAUUGGGAAAGAUUAUGACACUCUUUCUAAAUACACACCAAAGGUGCCCCCUGCUCCUCCAAUCAAAGCCUAUACCGGUCCUUUGAUUGAUAUGUUCAAUAACCCUGCAACAGCUGCACAGAGUUCAGAAAAGAUAAACAACUCAGCAGACACUUCAGAAGAUCCCAGUUUACAAAGAUCGGUUUCUGUUGCAACUGGACUGAACAUGAUGAAGAAGCAAAAAGUGAAGACCAUCUUCCCUCACACUGCUGACAAUAACAAGACUUUACUUAGCUUUUCCCAGGGAGACAUCAUCACACUGCUCAUCCCUGAUGAGAAGGACGGCUGGCUCUAUGGAGAGCAUGACACCACCAAAGCGAGGGGUUGGUUCCCAUCAUCAUAUACAAAGUUGCUGGAGGAAAAUGUGAAGGAAGCAGUGUCUGUGCCUACACCAAGCCCUGCACCAGUGAGAAGCAUCAGUACUGUGGACCUGACUGAGAAGAGCAGUGUUGACAUCCCACCUCCUGACUACCUGGACUGCCUGACUAUGGGAGCCACCUCAAACAAGAGAGCAGAUGCUCCUAAGACGACUACUACUUCUACUUUCAAAGCCCCAGUGUCCAGACCAGAUGCCACACCCACGUCUCCUAGUGAUGCAAAUGGAACCGCAAAGCCACCAUUCCUCAGUGGAGAAAACCCCUUUGCUACUGUGAAACUCCGGCCAACAGUGACAAAUGACCGAUCAGCACCAAUCAUUCGAAAAGAUCCUGCCAGUCGCUCUGAGUUCUCACCUGCACAAUGAUAGGUUGCUAAACGGGUGCGGGCACUGUCCGAGUCUCAGGGGGUGCCUGACUUCAGUGAACCCCACUUGAGCAAAUCAAUGUAUUUUCUCAGUUUAAGAGAACUGGAUUUACACUUUUUGUCUUUAAGGUAAAUGAGUAGCUUAGUGAACAGAUCAAUCAUUUGAAAUAUUUCCUUUUCUAUUCAAAAAGCAGUAAAUUUGGUUCAAGUUCUUUUAAUUUUUAUUUUUAAGGAAAUAGCCAGAAUAAGGGAUAGUCUUAUCUAUGCUUUUGUGCCUGGCUUUCUGUAGCUGAAUGCAAAAAGACCAGAGUUUUAUUUUAUAAAGCCUGUGCUUUUAAGUAGCAUUAUGAUGCUCAUCUAAGGAAUAUAUGUAAGUUUGCAUCAGAGCGUGCAAAUACAGUAAGCAAUAUAAAUUAUAAAGCUAUAUUAAAUAUAAUUUUAACCUUUUUGAUUAAACAAAUGUGUAACAAUUGAGAA